ACCACUGAUACUAAACUUUUGCUCUUUUGGGUGGUUCACUAUGUCACUUAUUGGUGUUUGUUGUGGCGUUGGUUUCUCAUCAUCUGACGAGGAAAUGUCAUCGGUCGCACUAAAAAUUUUCAAACGCUUUCCGGUAAAACUUGAUGUCACCUACACAUCCUUGUUUUAAAACAUCUUCUUCUGUGUCCCAUCGACGUUUCAAAGGCUGAGCGACCUGUAACGUUAAACUGGAUGUUUCACGAACAAAACGGGGAGCAUUCGCUGAGGCUUUUUUCACACUUGUGUUAUUUGACGUGUAUCUACACACACAGAAAAAGAAAAAACAAAUUUGUUCAGUUAGCUAAAAGUAUUAAAAUGAAUGAUCUUUUAAACCAGCAGUAUUGUAAAGACAAAACGAAUAAUCGUUUGAAAAAUUAUUUUACCCGAUUCCAAUCAUGGAGCAGUUUUGCGACGUCUUAUUUUUACCCUUUUUGUUUCCUGCUGAAGUUUGGAAAAAAGAUUUUCCGCAGAGUUGCGCAGCGCGAAAUGCUUCUAUAUAUAUAUAUACACACACAAAAACAACACUUUUUAAUUAUUAGAACGACACGUUAAUGUGACCAUGAGUCAUUGCGAAUUCAAAAAGAACACGCGGCGGGUCCACUUCUUUUUGUUUUAAACUUUCAACAAGCAUUCCAGCCAUCCAUUGAUCCAACGUAUUUCCAUGAACUAAAAGUGAAUAUGUUUCCCAAUCUUUUGCUGUAUCGAAAUUAACAACCUGAUGAUAGUGUGGUUCAUUUUUAUUUAACAGAAAAAAAUAUUUACUGUGUCACAAAAUGGAAGAUUUAAACCUCGUGAAGCAAUAUCUGUUGAGAUCAAAAAAGAAAAUUUUUUUUCUCGAAAAUUAUGCAUCACGGUUUCUCUUUCUUCUUGCGACAUGUCACCAUGAAGAUAACGGCACAUAAUUCUUUUGAAUGCUCCCGUUUGGCUCCCAUCUUUUAAUUUUGUAAAAAGUAUCCAAACAACAUAUUAAAUUAAAGCAUCGUAACUCUUUUGAGAUUCUAAAAGAAUAUUUUAUUAAAAAGUGGUCACUUAAUUCAAAGUGUCGGUACUUCUUAAUCGAAUUCAAACGACGAUCAGGAUACUUAAUCAAAAUGAAGGAACAGGAUAAAAAGAAAAAGAAAGAUUCCUUACUUUUAACGGAUUCAAAAGUAGACUGUGUUACGACGAGAAAGACAAAACUUAAGACAAUGUGCGUGCAAUACCACGGCAAUAGAACCCAUCAAGGGAAAUUUAUGCCAUGCCUACCUCAAAGCGACCCACGCGUUGAUUAUUUACUUGGUCGACGUUCUACCGGUUCUCAACUGUGUCUGAAUCCCACUAACGGCAGCCUAGAAUCUGAUAAAGAAAAAAAACUUAACGACAGUACUUUAAACUCCUUUUUUGCUCCAAAAAAAAAAACACGUGUUUCUCAAUUAAAAAUCGUUUCCUGGAAUAUCGAUGGAUUAAACAGCAAUAAUUUGAUCGAUAGAACAAAGUCUAUUCUGGCAACCCUUACUAAGAUUCACCCCGAUGUUAUUUACUUACAAGAAGUUAUAGACUCCACGUUUGAAAUGAUAGGAACCAUAUUAUCUCCAACAUAUCAUCCUAUACGCUGUGAAAUACAAGAAUUAUAUGAUGCCCCAUACUAUUGUGUUCUUUUGCUUUUAAAGACAAAGUUUAAGGCUUCUUCAGAUAGUUUUCAAAUGAAAACGUUACGGUUUCCUGAAUCGCAAAUGGGACGUCACUUGCUUUUCGUCACUUGUGAUCUACUUAAUGACACUGAACCCGUAUGCUUUCUUACAGCUCAUCUGGAAAGCUGCACUGAAUCACGCAAUGAACGAGUUAAUCAAAUGCAAACAACGUUUUUAGAAAUGUUUCGAAUCGUGAACGAUAAUGAAGCAAGCCUUUGCAUUUUUGGAGGUGAUUUAAAUAUUCGUGACAAGGAGGCUAAGUGUGUUUUAAAAACAAUGGAGACUAUGGGUAUUCAUUUGGUAGAUAUUUGGGAAUAUUUAGGCUCCGAUUCUUCAACACGAUAUACCUGGGAUUCCAGCUAUUAUUCUGAAGAUAGUGUCAAACGUUUUUAUGUCAAAAUGCGACUUGAUCGUAUGUAUUUAUACACUAAAAAGGAUUCAACUUUAUUAUGGAGGCCUAUAGCGUUUCAGUUAAUUGGAAAAGAAAAACUUCCCUCUACUGGAAAAACUCCUUCGGACCAUUUGGGACUUUUUGUAACUUUCGAGCGAUCGUCAUAUCUACAGGAUUGCGACCAUUUAAAUCAUAUAUUUAAAACGACAAAAACUAGAAAUAAGUGACACCUCAAACAUUAGUAGAAGAACACAGCGGCGAAAAAGAAAUUCAGUACAUGCAAAACUGUCUGUUUCGCGUACUGUGUUUUAAAAAAAAAAUAUUAUUAGAGUUUUAACAUCAAUUGAAAAAAAUUGUUACCAUC